AUGCUACGGACAUUUCAGUAUCGACUUUUUUCGACAUCAAGGUCGACUAAAUUCAAAAAAUCGACACUUGACAACAAGUUAUACAAAAUUCAAAUUUUAAUUCACCGUUAUCUUUUUCUCAAAUAA